AUCUGAGCUAAACCUGACCUGGUUGUUAAGUGAAGUAAAGUAGAAAGGGGGGAAAAAAAAAAAAAAAAAAAAAAAAAGCUGGAUCAUGUGUUACCAUAUGAACAGACGAAUGGGGCCACAGAGCCUGUCUUCACUUCUCCACACGCUGCUUAUUCUUAUCCUGUGAAAGGUGGUGGAACGUGAAAUGUGGCGUUUCAGCCACCGCGGCAGCCAGUGGGAUGUUCUCUAAAACUUCAUCAGCCCCUGACGCUUUUUGCAGCUUUUAGGGCUGGGUCUUCCAGGCACGAAGCAGCGGGAGGCUCCUGGGGGGUGUCUGGAGAGCAGGUCAGACCCGCAGCACCGCUGUCCCCCGCCGUGUCCCUCGCACCCCCCUGGACCUCUCGGGGGGAGAGGAGGCCUCCCCGGAGCUGGGAGGUGGCCUGCAUGGUGCGGGUGAGCCUUUGGGAAGGGCAGCAAGGGCGUUGCGUUCGCUAGGAAUCGCACUACAUCAGCAAGAACGCUGAAAAGGAAUAUUUCAGUUAGUUUUGUGUGGUAGCAGCGGGUGCAGGUGGCGUGACCCGGGCCCACGGCUUUGCUGGAGGAGUGUUCCCACGUUUCCAUCCCUGCUGCCUUUCGGUUUCACGAGUGCUGUGCGUUUGGGCUCCCUUCAGAGACUCCUCUGCUGCGGAGUCUUAGGGGCACCACUUCGGUCUGUCGCAUCUGGCCCACCUCUGAUCCACAUAAAAAGCCGAAGGGCAGGAGAUUGGUUCUCAGCAGCCUGUCCCGUGCCAUCGCACCUUCCCCUUGGCCACCCUGUGGCUGCUCCACGUGGCAUCCAGGGGACAGAAAUGCUUCUGUGUGUGUGUUUCUCCUAUUCUGUGCUGUAUUAUUGUAGCUGUUGAAUAUAUUCAUUAAGCUGAAUGAAUCCCCACCUGGCAGCAUCCAUACGGCAGCAUUUGCAGCUUCAGCUUCAUUUAUGGAGAGGGGAAGGAAUAUAAAAUACAAAAGGGAAAUCAUGCACAAGCCUACAGAGGCUUCAACAGUAUCAGCAAGCUGUGAGCUGUGCAAGCGUAUGGCUGGAGCGAGUGUCGGGAGCUUUUCAUAAAUCAGCUGGGAAGAUUUAAAGCCCUUGGCAUUUAAAAAAUAACUAGAUGAUGGAGUCUAGGUCAUAAGUUAUCUGGGAGUCUUAGUCUCACUGAAAUUAAAGGGAGUUUGGGUUCUAGGUGUGUUCUGGAAAGAGGAUUGGGAAUCAAAGUCAGACCGAUUUUAUCGCUGUAGAGCCACAAACUUCUGACAUUUAUAGUAAAAUAUUUACUAGGAAAAUUGGAUUUGUCAAAGGACAACACUGAUGCAUCAUCAGGCUCAGAAAAUGGGCUGUUACAGAUGAGUGGAGUUUGUGUCUUGUCCCUUUGGAAGACGGGACUUGCAGCUUUUCCUUUAUUAGGAGGGAGGUAACAUUGCUCACCAGUGAAAAACCUCCAUAGAGUGAUGCUCGCGGCUGCACUGAGGGGGGGUUAUUUGAGCAGCAGCAGACGGCAUCCUCUGACCCAGGACAACUGGUGGAUAAUCCAUUUUCCCACUCGGUGCCAUCCAGUGCUGCUGGGUGACGUCCCUGUCCACGGGGAGCGGAGGCUCAGGUCUGCCAGGCAGGACCUCGCUCACCCUCGAAGCCCCACAGUGGGCGGCCCCGUGGCCCUGGCUGCUUCUCAGGAGACAUGAAACGCUUGGUUACACCAGAUGUCCCUUUUCUCUGCAGCAGCUCUGGCUGGGAACGUCUCUGCUCGCUCAGGGAGGUGUGUGGGUUAUGUUUGGUAGAGGUGGCCCAAGUGUAGGAUUGCGGUGCGGCUCCUGACGGGCAUCCGUGUCCCUCCACCUUCUCCAGCCGGCAGGAGAGCGGGGACAGCAGAGGUGGAGCAUGGUGGACAGAAACUUCCCCUUCUGCAGCAGUCAGAAUGUUGGGUUUAUGUGGGAGAGAGCCUCUGGAUGGGUUUGGUUAUUAAAAAUUCAGCAACAGAGGUUGAUACCAUAAUACCAAGCCGAGGUGGAACAUUCCAGCCAUUGCUUAGACACGUGCAGAUAGGAAGAGUUUUCCAGUCCUCCCUUUCUCAGGACAAAGGAGUCACUGCCUGGAUGCCAAGCCAUCUGUUCAAAAGGAUUAGCACUUUCAGAGACUGAGAUACAAUACAUCACAGAAGAAAAAUUUUGUGACUAUUUGAGAAAUACUUAACCAAGGUGAUGCUCGAGUCAGACCCCGCAGACUGCACCAGAGCCAGUGAGAGGCAGCAGUGUGGGGGCCCCACGUCAGGUGCUGGCACUAAGCAGGACGAGAAACCCUGGAGCAUCCUCCACUGGCGCUCACAGAGCGACAGGUCAUGGACAUCCAGCUCGUGUGGCAGCUAAAAGCGCGACUGGAAGCCUGUUACCCAAGAGACCUUCCCAGGACUGCGGCAGGGUCUGGGUGGAGCUGCUCUGCCCUCGUCUCCUGCUGCCGUGGCUUUUACCCAAGUGAGGGUGGAGGCCAUCACUUUCCACAGGAACAGAAAGUUCUGCCUCUGGCACUGCCGAAACACCUGACCCAAGCUGCGGCUCUGCUUUUGUUUCUUGCCAUCCCCAGCUUCCUUCGUGUCUGAUUUCCCCUGAUUCUUGUUGCCGUGGCAGCUCAGUGGUGGUGGCUCUUGGGGGGAUGCUCAGAGCUGCACUGACUUUAUACUCAGUACAAAAUGGUCCUUUCUUGGAUGCUGUUGGGAGACCCCGGAAGCUGCAAAUGGCCAGAAGCAACACAGCAAACCCAGCCUAGAAAACUGAGUGAUUUGAAAAGUCAUGUUAAAUCCUUCCAAUGCUGGAGUUGCUGCUUGGGAAGCAGCACAUCUCUCCUGAAGCACAGGAAAGGUGAGCUACAGGCAGAAAAGAAACCGGGGAUAAACCUGCCCUCUUCUGUACAAUGAGUGAAGGAGGGUGGGGAUGGCUGAAGAAGUGUCAGCAUCGUGUGUGUCAAUGGCUCUACAGGUUUUACUGUAAAAUAUCUUACAGACUGCCAUGGAGAAGAAAACAUCAGGUCAUUAUACGGUGGCAGGAAAGGUGGGUGGGUGCUGCAGGAACAUGAUGUAAGGGGCUGGUGAACAGGAGAGGGUGUAGGUAAGGACCAGUUACACACAGUCAGGCCAAGUUGCACCUGGUAGUGGGUGCUGGCCUGGGGGAGGGCUGGAGAAAGAGUGAGACCGAGUCUAUUCCCCGGCUGUUCCCACAGAGUUUCCCAGGAUGUGGCUGCACCCUGUGCCGAGCAGCGCAGGCAGGCGAUGUCCUCCCAAGGCCAGGCUGGGCUUGGUGCUGAGCCGUGCUCCUCCAACCGGGUCAUGCUGCCUGUGCCUGGUCUCAGGCUGCUCCGUGCCCUGCCUGGUUUUUCCUGCCAAGCCUGCUGGGACAUUUACCGUCAAAUUGUGGAAAUGGCAAUGAAUCUUGCUAAAAUCUGGGUGGUAGAAACUUUAGUAUCUCCAAUGAUAUAUCAUUCUGUGAAAUGCUUACUAUGUGCUUUAAUAUUCCUGACUGUUAAACUCAACAAGCUACACAAAGCAAAGACCUUUCCUCUGUGAAGAUGGGACCAAACUCCUGCAGCCGCUCAGCGUCAGACCUGGAGAGCUUGUGCACAAAGCCACCACCACCACCAGCAUCUGGGGAACGGAGUCCCAGACUGCUUAAGCAAAACCAGAUGGAGCAGCCGUUGUGUUUGGUAACUGGGUUUAAUGGCAGCCACAAAUGGCACUUGGGUUGUUAAGAUGUUUGUCCGAGGUGUGGAUGGAUGACACAGCCCGUCCCCGCUUUCUUUAUCAGUUCGGUACCCCGAGGCUUUGUGGUAAAGCUGGUUUGUAAGCGGGGAGGGGGGAAUGCAAUCUCCCGGAUAACGAGACGCCUGCUUCAUGCUAACAGUCGUGGUUAAUCCAGCCAAGGGUCCCGGCAGCCCUCGCCGGCGCGCGCAGCCCGCCCGACGUGCCGCCUGUCUGCAGCCCUCGGCGUUCGGAGACACCAACGGCGCUCGGGGGAUUUCUCACUUUCUCUCAUUUAUCACACUGAAAGUGUUCAUAAAAACACCCCAGCUGCCAGCACUGGUGAGAAGAGCUGCGGCGGCGGGGGAAGAGCUGCGGCGGGCUGCCCUGCCUCCACGGCACAGGUACCCAGGGCUCGCCUCUCCCUGCCACCGACACGGGGGAGGCGGAAGGGUUUUAAUUAGCUCUUGAUGCUAUUUUUUACCUCCCAGCGCUGCUUAAUUUAGCUCAAGCUGUCAUGCACUGAUCGUUAAGGGGAAAAGAAGGAAACGGGGGUGUUGGCCCCUCUCUGCUGAGCAGCUUGGCAGGAGCAGCCUCAUAUCCUAAAGCCUGGGCUGGUAACUGGGGCUUUUCUUAGAUCUUCUGUAGCAGUAAAAGUUUAUUGCCCAGAGAAAUUUCAUGCGUUGGCAGUCAUAAUACACAGCUCCUGCAGGGCUUAUGCUGCAUUUGCAGGUUCUGUUCAUACCCACUUCGGUUUGAAACAACAUAAAUAUCUUAUGGAAAAGGUGCCUGAGAUCUUCAAUCAUGCUGUGACCUGCCUUGAUGCUAGAAGGAAGGACACAGAGACCUUGAAAAGCUGUCACUACGCUAGGAAGAGGCUUAUUCUCCUCUUUUCAAUAUACAAGGCCAUUGCAGAAUUUUUUGCCAUCUUAAAUGACACGUCCAAGUGAACAAGAACCACCUGUUACGGAUUUAGCAUUCCCCUAGACCAGCCCAACCUCGGUCCUGGUGUGAGGUGGAUGCCGGGAGCUGAUCCCGCUGCUCUUCUCCAGCCCUCGCAGACACGGUGUUGCCUUCGCCUACCCCUGCUGACGGGUCUGCCCAGGCUCCCUCUGCACCAGCCAAGGGUAGGAGCUGCUGGUGCGUGGAUGUGGAACCGUGCUGGCCAUCCGCCUGUCCCUGAGUCCCGGCCUCGUGCAUCUGUCCUGUGAGUUGGUCGGAGGCGGAGAGCUGAGGUUGUGCCCUCUCCUGCAGUCCAGGACUUGUCCUCUGCCCACUGCCAAAGCCACCCCACUCUCAGCUCCUCCCAGAGCCGUCCAGCAGCCGAAGCAUCGAAGCUGAAGCAUCGAAGACCCUCCUUGCUGUGACACUUUGCCUCGCAGUCGGUCUGCCAGAACCUGAGCUUCCCACCUUCACAGCCAACGGCACAGGUUUUCUGCUUGCCAAAGCGUUGCUUCAGCUGGGGUUAAAAGAGCGUCCCCCCGGUGCCGCCUCGGCCCCCGGUGCCGUUGGGAAUGAGCGCCUGUGGCAGGAAGGCGCUGACCCUGCUCAGCAGCGUGUUCGCCGUCUGCGGCCUCGGCCUCCUGGGCAUCUCCGUCAGCACUGAUUACUGGCUCUACCUGGAGGAGGGCAUCGUCCAGCCCCAAAACCAGACAGCAGAAAUCAAACUGUCGCUUCACUCGGGGCUCUGGAGAGUCUGCUUCCUCGCAGGUGAAGAGCGUGGCCGGUGCUUCACUAUCGAAUACGUCAUGCCCAUGAACAUCCAGCUGACGUCUGAAUCCACAGUCAACGUUCUGAAGAUGAUCCGCUCUGCCACACCCUUCCCUCUGGUCAGCCUCUUCUUCAUGUUCAUCGGCUUCAUCCUGAGCAACAUCGGCCACAUUCGGCCUCACAGGACCAUCCUCGCCUUCGUCUCGGGGAUAUUCUUCAUCCUGUCAGGUCUGUCCCUCGUGGUGGGGCUGGUCCUCUACAUAUCCAGCAUUAACGACGAGAUGCUGAACAGGACCAAGGACUCGGAAACAUUCUUCAAUUACAAAUAUGGAUGGUCAUUUGCCUUCUCUGCCAUCUCGUUCCUUCUCACAGAGAGCGCCGGAGUGAUGUCCGUUUACCUGUUCAUGAAGCGAUACACGGCCGAGGACAUCUACCGACCCCACCCCGGCUUCUACCGUCCCCGCCUGAGCAACUGCUCCGACUACUCGGGGCAGUUCUUGCACCCGGACGCGUGGGCACGGGGACGCAGCCCCUCGGAUAUCUCCAGCGAGGCGUCCCUGCAGAUGAACAGUAACUACCCGGCUCUGCUCAAGUGCCCCGACUACGACCAGAUGUCCUCGUCGCCGUGCUGAGCCCCACCACCCCUGCGCCCGCGCCCACCCACGCGCCGGCGGCCGCCGCAUCCUGACUCCGUUUGUCAUUUAUUUUUUAGGCCACUCUGACAGAGCAAUUCUCUAUUUAUAGGAGCGUAAAUAUAACCAGAUAGAUUGGUUACGUAACCAAUAAUGUAACCUAGAGAAUUGGGAUAUUUUCCUUUCUUUGGUUGGGGUUUGUUUUUUUUUUUCAUCUCUCCAAAGUCCUCUUCUUUCAGCUCAUCCUGCUGAGCAAACAGCAGUUCUGCCUGGGGGAUAAAUCCAGGGCUGGACUCAAGAGCAGAAAAAAGAAAAUAGAGUAGACCUAAAAAAAAAAAGUAUGUCUUUUGGUUUAGGUAGGCUGCAAAGGUUUGUGCAUUUGACUGUAUCCUAGAGUUUUAGAUUUACUGGCCUAAGCAUCAGCAGGCAUAAAAGAUUUGUGUAAAUCUCCAAGACACAGUCAUCAUUAGAAAAAUACAAAUUUUGUCUUGAUUGAAUAUUUACUGAUUGAUAUCUUGUGUUACUGGAUAUCACUUUUAACCAGGCUGUAAUGGGAAAUAGCCAUCUUUCUCAACAAUACCUCAGCAGGCUUAGACACAAGCAGGUUGUUGUUUCUCUACGGCCACUUGAAAACUGUUGCUUAAGUCCCCUGCAUUAGACUGGAGGAUCUACAGCCCUGGGAUGUCCGGGUGGUUGGGGUGGCUCAGGCACCCACAUUUCCCCCACUAUCCCAUAGACUGGAGGCCUGAAGAGCAACUGGGAGAAUUUCAGUGCAGCGUCAAGUGGAAAACUACCUAAAACCUUCCCACAGGAAACAUUAGCCACAGGAUUUUGGGGAAAUUAUGGCCAGAAAUGCAAGUUAUUUCAGUGAAAGGCGAAAUCCCAAACCGGUGUAAAGUGAUGUAGCUGAAAUUAAUGGCCCUAGUCCACCAUAGCAAAGUAGUUGGCUUGUAUUUCAUUUUGGCAAGAAAAUGGUAUUUUAGCUGCUUGUGUGUGUGUGUGUGUGUAUGAAGUUUAUUUUGAGGUUUUCAGUUUUAUAAUUUCAUAUGAUGCUUUGGCCUUUUGGUCUGAGCUGCCAGAGUGAUGGCAUCGCUCUGAAAGCAAAGUGCAGGGAAGGAGAAGGCUGUGCUCCCGUGCAAGCCACCAGCUUGUCCCCUCACAGGAGAAAGAGCUUUGUCCAGGCUUUAUUUCUAUUCUUGUUACUUUAAACCUUUCCAAAAAUUUCCUUUCUGUAAAACAAAACCUUCCAGGGAUUCUUGGUAUGUUUGAGCUUGUUUUGUCUUACUGUAAUUGAAACCAAUAGAAUAUACGCACUUUUAACCUCAUUUGUAGCACACCGUGUAAUGAAUGUUGCACUUCUUUGUUGCUAUUAUUCAUUAUUUAUUAAUUAUUAUUCUUUAUUUA